AUGGCACUUAUAUCGAAGAGCCUAGUAUGUUGUCUGUUUUUGAUGUUUGGCCAGCUCGUCAGCUCAGUUACUGGUCUAGAGCUGUCGGUGUCAACUUCUGGAGGCAACGAGUCGAGUUCGAUUCUCUAUGGUCUUAUGUUUGAGGACUAUCAACAUUCUGGAGACGGCGGUAUCCAUGGCCAGCUUCUGCAGAAUAAUGGCUUUCAGGGCCCAAACAUAACUUUGGUGGCAUAUGAUGCCAUUGGAGACGCAACAUUGGCUGUAGAUACCGAGAACCCCUUAUCAACAGCUAUCACGCGGUCACUAAAGGUUUCGGUACCUGAAGGAGCCUCGGGAGAGGUGGGCUUCUCUAACGCAGGAUACUGGGGCAUUCCAGUCAACGAGGACGAGUACUGGAACUCCUUCUAUAUCAAAGGAGACUACAAUGGACCAAUCACGCUUCGUUUAGUCGGUGCUGCUAGUGGGACAGUGUACGCGUCCAACACGAUCAACGUCGUCAGCAACAGUUCGGAGUUUUCGUAUAUCGAAACAAAAUAUACAGCAAAUCAGGCUCCAGAUGGAAAUAACCUGUGGACUUUAUCAUUCAAUGCUUCUAGUGUUGCUGGCAGCGAGCUAUAUUUUGAUUUAUUCCAACUUUUCCAUUCUACGUUCAACAACAGGACUAAUGGACUAAAACCCGGUAUUGUUGAUGUUUUGACAGGUCUUAAUCCAUCUUUUCUGCGCUUUCCAGGAGGGAACAACCUUGAGGGAUGGACUCCUGAUUCACGUUGGAAGUGGAAUGAGACGAUUGGUCCAUUGACGGACCGUCCUGGUCGUAAUGGUUCAUGGGGUUAUACGAAUACUGAUGCCCUUGGUCUCAAUGAAUAUUUCCUUUGGGCUCAUGACAUGAAUUUGGUGCCGCUUCUCGGGGUCUGGGAUGGUUUGUCAUUGAAUGGCCCUAUUAUUACCGGCGAUGCCCUGGAUCCCUACGUUGACGAUGUUCUCAACGAAAUAGAGUACAUCAUCGGGGAUACGAGCACAACUUAUGGUGCUCUACGCGCCUCUCAUGGAUUUCCCGAUCCGUGGCCCUUAACACAUGUAGAGAUCGGUAACGAGGACCAUCUACACAACGGCGGCCCUACCUAUGCAGAGCGCUUCACGGCCUUUUACAAUGCUAUCAAUUCUGCCUAUCCACAACUCACCAUUAUCACUAGCACACCGCUAUACCUACCAGACCCGAAACCUGCCGGAAUAUGGCUCGACUGGCACCUGUAUUCGACUAUGGGGUAUAUGGUCGAACAGUUCAACAAGUUCGACAACGUCGACCGCGCUUUUCCGUGGGUAGUCACCGAGUACGCCUGUACUAAGUGGAACAAUGGCACGAACGUACCUUAUCCGAUCAUGCAGAGCUCCGUUGCGGAAGCAGUCUUCAUGAUUGGCAUAGAAAGGAACAGUGAUAUAGUCAAGAUGGCAGCCUAUGCACCGUUACUUCAGCUGGAGAAUUAUACACAAUGGACACCAAACCUCAUCCCUUUCAACCAAAACCCGAAUAGUAUUAUCAAGACCACGAGCUACUACGUACAGCAGCUCUUUUCCACCAACCGGGGUGCAACCAUUUUGCCCGUUACAUCAGACGAGGGUUUCAAUCCUGUUUAUUAUGUCGCCUCUCUAUCAUCAGACAACAGCACUUACUAUGUCAAGUUGGCCAACUAUAAUGGUACCGCGCAGGACGUCAACAUCACUAUCGACGGGGCUUCCUCGGGCAAAUUCACUCUCCUGUCUAAUGGCUCACCACUUGCAACUAAUGACUUGACCGAGACACAAAUCACUCCCCAAACGAGCUCUGUCGAGGCAACUGAUGGUAAAUUCCAGGUUCACCUUCCCGCCUGGACUGUGGCUCUUUUGGCAGCUAGCUAG